AUGGUUUCUUUCUCGUGUGAGGGAUGUGGUGACAUCCUUACCAAGAAGAAGCUCGAUCCUCAUGCCAACCAGUGUUGGGGCGCAUCUUUUACUUGCAUCGAUUGCAUGGUUCACUUCGAAGGCACCUCCUACCGUGCGCAUACCAGCUGUAUGUCUGAGGCUCAGAAAUACCAAGGUCACCUCUACCGUGGCGAGAAGAAGGGCAAGGGUCAAAAUCAGAACCAGAAGAAGCAAGAGCAGGCACUCGUCCAGACCAAGGCACCAGAACCCACCACUACCGACAUCGCCAACACCAAUGCCCCACCGAAGGCUCCCUCGCCUCCUCCUUCUGGUGCCGACCUGCCUCCUGGCGUGAAUGUUUUCGACUACAUGGACACUCCUGCCAAGAUCGAGGCCGCACCUAUUGUCACUCCAGCCUCAAAGCGCGACCGUGAAGACAAGAGCAAGAGCGACAAGAAGCGCAAGAGAGAUGAUCAGGAUAUGCCAGAUGCCACUCCCGCACUGCACACUGGCCUCACAGGCGGCCUCAACAGAAUGCUGUCUGGUCCCGACUUUGGCGAAGACGGUGCUGCCGCCAGCCCUCUCAGCCCCAAGAAGCGUAGCAAGAAGGAGAAGUCAGAGAAGGAAUCAUCAAAGAAGUCUUCGUCAAGCAAGAGCUCGUCCAAGAAGUCAACAUCCUCAGACGCGCGCGAAGACAAGCAGCUCGUCAGCAAACGUUCUCCGGCAGAGCUGUUCUUGAGCUUCGUGGACAAGGGUCCUGAAAGUGAGAGCGGCUUGAGCAUCAACAAAGCACUUAAGCGCUAUCACCGUGAGCGUCAAGCUCAGGGCAAGAAGGACGACGGCGACAAGGAUCUUUGGAAGGAUCUUCGCAUCAGAAAGAACGAGAGAGGAGAGUUUGUUCUUUUCAUUUGA